ACCACGCCCCCUCAGUCUCUCCUUUAUCUUGAGCCGUUUUCCCGAUUUUUUGCCGGUAAUCAGUUUUCUAAUUCAGUGGAGAAGCUCUCGUGCUGCCCAUGAACGGGACCAUGGCCGCGUGCUCACACCGGAUAACGUUAGGGCCGUUGGUGGCUGCCAUCGACCAGGGCACGAGCUCCACCCGGUUUCUGGUGUUUAAUUCAAAAACAGCAGAGCUCCUCAGCCAUCAUCAGGUGGAAAUCAAACAGAGCUUCCCCAAAGAAGGAUGGGUGGAGGAAGACCCCAAAGAAAUUCUGCAGUCGGUGUACGAGUGCAUGGACCGGACGUGUGAAAAGCUCACCCAGCUCAACAUAGACAUCUCGAACAUUAAAGCUAUUGGAGUGACCAACCAAAGAGAGACCACGGUUGUUUGGGACAAAGAGACGGGGGAGCCCCUCUACAAUGCCAUCGUUUGGCUCGACCUGCGGACUCAAUCGACAGUUGAACGUCUAAUCAACAAAACUCCAGGAAAGAAUAAGAACCACUUGAAGCAUAAGACGGGGCUCCCCAUCAGCACCUACUUCAGCGCAGUGAAGCUCCGCUGGCUGAUGGACAACGUGGACGAGGUCCGCGAGGCCGUCGUGUCUCACCGCGCCAUGUUCGGCACCGUGGACUCCUGGCUCAUUUGGUGUUUAACCGGGGGCAAGUCAGGCGGAGUCCACUGCACAGAUGUGACCAACGCCAGCAGAACCAUGUUGUUUAACAUCCACACUUUGGACUGGGACCCAGAACUCUGCACGUAUUUUGGUAUUCCCAUGGAGAUCUUGCCCCGAGUGAGGAGUUCUUCCGAAAUCUACGGUCUCAUGAAAAUUUGUUCUAGCCGGAAAUCUGGAGCUCUCUCGGGUAUCCCCAUUUCUGGGUGUCUUGGCGAUCAGUCGGCAGCGCUGGUUGGACAGAUGUGUUUUCAGGACGGGCAGGCUAAAAACACGUAUGGAACUGGCUGCUUUCUCCUGCGAAACACAGGAGCCAAGCCUGUAAUGUCUGACCACGGCCUUCUGACCACUGUGGCCUACAAGCUUGGUCGAGAUAAACCUGCCUGCUACGCACUCGAGGGCUCUGUGGCCAUUUGUGGAGCCGUGGUUCGUUGGCUGCAGGACAAUCUGGGGAUCAUCGGAUCAUCUGAAGAGCUAGAGAAGCUGGCUGCAUCGGUCGGUACAUCCUACGGCUGUUAUUUUGUUCCUGCUUUUUCAGGUCUUUAUGCUCCGUACUGGGAGCCCAGUGCUCGAGGGAUCAUUUGUGGGUUAACUCAGUUCACCAAUAAGAGUCACGUUGCCUUCGCUGCUCUGGAAGCUGUGUGUUUCCAGACCAGAGAGAUACUGGACGCCAUGAACCAAGACAGCGGCAUCCCGCUGACUCAGCUCCAGGUGGACGGAGGAAUGACGUCCAACAGGCUGCUGAUGCAGCUGCAGGCAGACAUCCUCUGCAUCCCUGUUGUGAAGCCGUCCAUGCCCGAGACCACAGCUCUCGGUGCAGCGAUGGCGGCAGGAGCAGCAGAGGGGGUGAGUGUGUGGAGCCUGAGCCCUGAGGACCUGAGUGAAGUCACCUCCGAGAAGUUCGAGCCUCAGAUCAACCCCGAAGAGAGCGAGUUUCGGUACGCUCGGUGGAAGAAGGCGGUUCAGAAAUCCAUGAACUGGGAGACGACGGAGCCCGUCUGUAAUGGAAACGGUGAGACGAGUAUCUUCAGCAGCACCCCCCUGGGCCUCUACAUCAUGGGCAGCAUGUUGAUGUUAGUCGGUGCCAAAUACCUCGCAGGCCCCGACUGAACUCGUGGAGGCGAAUUGAAACGACGCUCUUCAUGCUGGACCACCACUUCAAUAAUGGGACCUUUUUGAAUGUAUUUUUCUGUGCAGCGGGCAUUGGUACAUUGGACAUUCAUUUCAGCGGAUGUUUGCAUGCAGUAGUUAAGUCAAAACUCUACCAAUAGUACUUCAUGUUUUUGUAACUCUGCGUUCCGUGCUGUUCCAAACCCUCCACUAUGAGGCACAGAGCACUUUAUGUUGUCGUCCUGUGGGAGCUGUGGUCUAACAGAGUUUAAUAUAUAUUUGUUCUGGAGUGUUUGCGGUUCAUGGAGUCAGUUGUUGACCUGAAGGGAUGAAAUCGCUGCAUUCAAAGUGCUCUUUUGGGGUGUAACCACAACUUACUAAUGGAUAUUUAUGAAUGAAUUGAAUAUAGUGGAAAAGUCAUCUUUCAUGCUGAAGUAAAAUUAGAGAAACGGACUUAAAAUGAUGGCGAGCAUGAAAGCAAAGUGUGCUGCCAAUACGAGCUCUGACUGACAUUUGAAGAGGAAUUGUUACAUGUGGAACAAUGAUCUCUCUGCACGUUGGCUACUCCCUCAUUCCCUUCAUCUCACUCACAAUGGGUAUGAAGAGGAAAUAAAAUGCAGCAGGUUCAGUUUGACAUGUAAUUGGUUUGACAUGAGGAAACCAGGUGUGCUUGUGAAAACCCCUUUAAUGAAUGGAAACAGGUUUUAUGGGAGAAUGCGUGUCAUGAAAAAUAAAGUUAUGUACUUGUGAAUUGUACGGUUGCUCUUUGGUUUCAU